UAACGUGAGCCCAUUUUAACACCCCAACAGUAACUAUAAUAAAUUAAACACCAAAAUUCUUAGACAUAGUAACCAUUUUUUGAAGCAUAGUAUCCCUAUGUUUUUAAAAGUGAAUUAUGACUUAAAAUCACAUUAUUCAAGCAUAACAUAUAUCGACGACACUAAUUUGAUAUUUUUUUUCCCAUAAUAAUCUUAAUAAAAUGCCAAAAUAAAUUAGGAAUAAGUUAUUGACUUUACUUUAAGGCAUGGUCCACAAUAAAUUUAGUGUGAAUCAAGUCUAUUUAAGAACUGGUGGUGUAUAUGAGUGAGCACAUACCGCUCCAAUUCACUAUUUCUCUACUUUAGGAAAUAUUUAAUACUUCAACGUCGUUACAAGGGUUAAGUGUUCUAAAAUGUAAUGAAAUGCUCCUCAAAUCCCUUGGAUACUUCUUUACUAAUUUAGUCAUCUUGAAUGUGUUUUUGUGAUGGUAAAACCGUCCUAACUUCAUCAAAAUUGAGUAGAAUUUCUCAUCUAAUUUCGAAAAAGGCCUAAGGUAGGGUGAACAGCACUUCACUCAAAGUAAACAAACAACUAAACAAGUACUUCGUAUAAUCCUACAAGAAGGGGCCAUAAGAAAAAUUCUAAACGCGUUAUAAAUUUUCAAUGAAUUUACAAAAUAAUAUUCUCAAAAUUAACAAGGCAAGAGUGCAAGACCCACAAUUGACUUGUAAAUGAAAUUUGACCCAUAAAAUCUCUCAAACUAUAUUGAUAAAUUGUUGAACACCUUAAAAAGAAACUAAUGGAUGAAUUAUUUAUCACGAGAAAAGAUAACGUGAAUAUAUGUGGGGCCGUGAAAGAGAGAAAAAGGUUCAUAUAAUUGGAAGUGCGGAUCAUGAGUUUAGAGGGAUAUAGUGGUAUUUUACCAAGAAAUGUACUACUCCUUCCGUUUUUUUUAGAAGUCAUAAGUUACUACUUCCGCCCGUGUUUUUUUAUGAGUUACAAUUCCAUUUUUGGUAACUUUUACACUCACUCCCAAUUGUUUAUUAUUUUUACUUUUCUAUGAGCUCAUUUAAAUCAUAAAUAAUUUUAUUUUUUGUAACUUUUUAUAUUUCUUUAUUGUCAAUUACGCUACGUACAUCAUUAUUAUAUCAAAUUCAAUAAUAUUUCAUUAAUAUUUGUGUCGGUCAACAUGUGACUCCUAAAAAAAUACGAAGGGAAUACAACUAUUAAAGAAAAAAAGUCGCAAAUGGGAAGUGUAACCCUUAACCAGAUACAGAGGGGGUGUCCAUAGAUUUAUUCAUAUGAUGUGUUCUCUUCACCUGGUCUGGUCUGGUCUGGUCUGGUCUAGUCUAAUUUAAAUGUUUUCUGUUAAUAACUUUUGUAUAUUCUAAUCUAUUAUAAUAAAAUUAAUAAAAUUAAAUAAGGUGAAAAGGAUAUAAACUUGUUCGAAUAUAAAAUUUUGUACGUUCGUAGUUCCAAAUAGUUGAAAUAACUGCCGUCACUCCAGUGUGUAUUCCUACAUACGCCACUUGACUUUUUCCAUGGAGUUUCUAACUUUUCUAACGAAGCAACUCGGCAAAAACUGCUGUGCCAAUUCUUAUAAGACUUCAAAUCAGAUCCAAAGUAUGAAAUUUCAGAUUUGCAAGAGUUGACUGUUUCUAAAUUCAAACUCCUCCUCAUUCCUUAAAAUUGUUCAUCUUCAUCAUUCUUCAGAUCGAUCUGAGUAAGCUUGGAGAAAAUGCCUAGAGUAAUCGCUCUAGUUGAUUCAAUUUUCGCUAGCGUAAGGAACUUCCAACGUGUAUUCCAUGACUUAAAACGUACAAGAGAGGUCGUUGAAACGGUUGACAACCAACCUCAGAAUAAACGUAGGAAAUUAGUAGUAGAAGAAGCAUCCCUCUCCAUUAACUCCAAUUAUGUCAAUAAAAUCAUUGGAUGGUUAGAGAAAGAUGGGAUAAACAUUAUCGCCAUUCAUGGGAUGUGUGGGAUUGGGAAAACAACUCUAGCAACACAGCUAUAUACUCUGCUUUUAAGCCAUGAUAUCCCUUGUAUUGAUGAUGUUAAUGCUACUGGUUGGGUUUCUGUUGGGAUAAACUUCACAGUAUACCAACUGCAGCAGAAAAUUGCUAAUGCUUUUGGACUGAAUCUUGAAGAUGAUAAGGAUUUGAAUAGGAGAGCAGCUAUUCUAUCUACACUUUUGUGUAGAUUAGGAAAAUGUAUAAUCUUUUUGGAUGAUUUGUGGGGUGAUUUCCGUUUAGAGGAUGUUGGUAUUCCAAAGCAAUGUAAGUUGGUUUUGGUAUCACAAUUAUUAGAUGUUUGUCACGUUCUUCGUUGUCAGAAGGUGGUUAAGGUUGAGCCACUCUCAGAGGAAGAGAGUUGGCGGUUGUUUCAGCAAAGUGUGGGGGGAAACAGUGUUCCGUACUCCAAAGAUAUGCAACAUUGUAAGAAACUUGUAUCUCAAAAGUGUGGAGGAGUUCCUCUUGCUAUCACCGCGUUGGCCAACUGUUUGAACAAGGUUGUGGAUGAUGAUGAUGAUGAUUCAAAAUCAAAUGGAAUAUCAAUAACUUGGUUGGAAUUACAUGUAUUGAGUCGGUUUAAGUUGUCUUAUGAAAGGCUAAACAACAUCAAGAUCCAGAAAUGUUUCUUGUGUUUCGCGUUAUUAUACCCUAAAGAGUGUGACAUCAGCAGAGAAGAGUUGAUACGUCUUUGGAUUAAAGAGAGGAUCAUAGAUGAUGUGCCAUCGUUACAAGUACAGUAUGACAUGGGUCAUACCAUAUUGAACAAGCUUCUCAACUCUUGUUUGAUUGAAACUUGUCAAGAUAAAAGGAGGAUUAAGAUGCAUGAUCUUGUUAGGCAUAUGGCUAGAGAUAUUAGAUGCCAUGAAAAGAAAAGAUAAAGACUCACUUCCCUUCACUCUCUCUCAAUUUACUCUGUCCCAUUCAAAGACUUUUCAAGUUAUAUAUAGGUACUCUGAUAUUGUAAAUAUUCGAGCUAUAAACAUUUUUUAAUGACGAUAAAAAUGAGAUAAAAACUAUUACCAACUUAAGCA